AUGGAGACGACUGAUUUGAUCCUACGUUUUACCGUUUUGUUCGUUUGCCUGAAGAUAAAUCUGGUGUCCGGUGCACCGAGCAUAAAAGCUGGAAAGGAUAACGUGACAACCAACUCACCAGGCUUAUUUGGUUGCAAAAAGAUUUACUUUCAGCAUCCCUUCCAUGGUAAACAGCAAGUCAAGAUAUUCGCCUCAUUUGGACAUAAUAUAGGAAGUUCAGGUCACCGUUAUGGUGGAGCUGUCUGGGUGGAAUCUGUUUCAACGAGCGGAUUUACGGCCUGUGUGUUAGAAUUUGGAGACGGAUCGAACAGUACUUCAGAAAUCAAUUGGUUGGCCUUACAGUCUGUGCCGCUAGGAACUCAAUCAGAAACCGUCCACUUGAAUGCUUGGACCACCGGAAAAAAGUGUACGACAAUCAAAUUUAAACAGCGUUUCAAGACCUCACCAACCAUUUUAGUUGCUGUCAGUCACGAUAUUUUAAGCAGACCUCAGGAUGCUAUGGCCGUAUGGGUAGAGGACUUGAAGAAGGACAAUUUCAAAGUCUGUCUCAAAGAAACCAAGCUUUUCGAUGGAACGCACAAGAGCAUAAAAAUAAACUGGAUGGCAUUUACUACUCUGAAGAUUGAGAACGUCACCUCUUCAAAGAGUGUGUUGCUUCAUAAUGCAAGCUUAGAAAAGCACCAUGAUAACUACGCUUAUUGCCAAACUAUAAACUUCACCGAUCCAUUUUAUGCUCCUCCGGUUGUGGUAGUGACGCCCAGACAGGGUUACAUGAAUAACUACUCAGGUGUCUCUCGAUCUCAGUGUAAUGCCAUGACAGCAUGGGUAGAGUACUCGUCCACCGAAGAUAUGAAAGUUUGUGCGAGAAGCUACGACGGCGAUACCUAUGGCGAUGAUAUCAUACGAGUUGAUUACGUAGUCGUCGGAGACCUGGAUCCCUGCCUAAACGUCACGUGUUAUUUCCAUGGUCUUUGUAAAGCUUUUGGACCCCAUGAUGCUCGUUGCGUGUGUAUAGACCACUGCCCUUCCUACCACGAGCCCGUUUGCUCAUCAAACGGCACCACUUACGACAAUGAGUGUUUGUUUAAACAGGAAAUGUGUCGCAUGCGACUUAGCUUUACAGUGCAACAUCCGGGUAGUUGUGAAGGAUUUCCUUUCCAGAGAGGUCGCCAUCACAUGCCUCAUAUUCCAUCACUUGGAUAUUCUCAUUGUGAGAUUAUUCGUCUGAAGCCAUUUGUGUUCUAUCCUGACAAACCCAUUGAAGUGCAGGUAACGGUCAAUCAUAUUGACACCAGCGACAAGUUAUAUGUUCAUGAUGCUGCUGUUUCGUGGGUCGAGAACAUCAGUACCCAUCGAUUUACUGCGUGUGUAAUGGCGGCAGGCUUCAACGAACGAAAAUCGAAUGCGAACGUAACAGUCGAUUGGAUGGCGUAUCAGGGAGCUCCGGUGGGUGGGGUAGCGGGAAAAGAACGGAUGUCAGAAUGGUGGACUGGAACGACCUGUAAAACUGUGAAUUUUCCAUCGGGAAAGUUUACCAGUUCACCUUCCGUAUUUGUAACUGCCGAACAUCAUCAUGUUGGGUUGAAGCGCGACGCAGCUAGUGUCUGGAUUGAAGAUGUCACGCAAUCCUCAUGUAAAAUUUGUUUAAGGGAAUUACAAAACUACGCAGGAUCCCACAAAGACAUUUCUGUGAAUUGGUUCGCGUUUGUGGAUCUUGACAAGCCUCCCUUCCUGGAACAUAGUGUUAUUCACUUUAUGAACAACAAACCCCCUUCUCACGAUCAAAAUGAUGCCUUCUGCAAGGAUGUUUCCCUUCUCCAUGUUUAUCAUACCGUCCCAAAUGUACUUGUGUCUGCUAAUCACUCAACGAAGGGAGGGAACCUAAGUCCUGUACACAAUGGCAUAACUUCUUGGGUAGAGUAUAUCAACAAGACUGGCUUUCGUGUUUGUUUUAAAGAACUGUUUGAAACAAGAUACGAUCCUCUUUCUAUUGUUUACACUGUCAUGUCAGAGGUAUGCCAGCUUGGAUGGGAUUAUUUCAAUGGCUACUGUUACUUCACAAGCUCCAAUUGCUCAUCGUGGCCAACUGCUGAAAGAAAAUGUGCUAAAAUGGGUUCACAUCUUGCGACAGUCCAUGAUCAAGAAGAAAACGUUUACAUUCAACAUCGGCACAAUGGAGAGAAAUCCUGGAUAGGGCUCAAUGAUCGAAGCGUAGAAGGAUCAUUCGUGUGGACAAAGAAAGGCACAAGUAGCUUUAGAUUCUGGGCGCCAAACCAACCAAACAAUUAUACGGAUCAGGACUGCGUACACACUCUUGGCGCAAAGAAUGAAUACACUUGGAAUGACGUUUCAUGCGAUAACUGCUUCAAAUUUACCUGUGUUAAAGAUAUAAACGAGUGCACAGUCAAGUCUGACCGGUGUGAUGUUAAUGCUGCCUGUCAAAAUACUGAGGGAUUCUACAAGUGCAUUUGUAAGACUGGAUUUGAAGGAGACGGGAAAAAAUGCUCUGAUAUAAACGAAUGCAACGUCAACUCUCAUCGCUGUGAUGUUAAUGCUGCUUGUCAAAAUGCUGAGGGAUCCUACAAGUGCAUUUGUAAGUCUGGAUUUGAAGGAGACGGGAAAAAAUGCUCUGAUGUCAACGAAUGUGUGGAAGGUCUGCAUGGUUGUGAUCCCAACGCCGUUUGUGAUAACUCUGUGGGUUCUUACAACUGCACGUGCAGACCAGGAGUAAUUGGAGACGGAAGAAACAGCUGCAUAAGUACAAGUCAUUCUUGUAAGGAAAUUCGGAACGCAGGUUCCCAUCUUAAAGACGGGGAGUACUGGAUCGCUCUUAAGAAGAACGGAAGCCUUUUAAAGGUCUACUGUGAUAUGACAACCGAUGGAGGAGGUUGGCUUCUGGUCUCCAACGUUGUCGUCGGCAAUCUAUCCUCGCUACAUUACUCAUACGAAUCAUCAUACCAUGAAAUAAGCAAUUGUCACAACAAGUCGUUGUUACUCACGACAGAUGCCAUGAAGGAACUGAGAACACACUUGUCUUUCACUCAGUUGAGAUUCCACUGCAGAAAAAAUAAGGGACGUACUUUCCAUUUGACCACAGCUGCCAACAGCAGUGGUGAAGCAGUGGUACAAUACUUCAGUGGUCAGACAGAUGCCAGACCGGAAGCAUGUGGCUCGUUUGUGAAGAUGAAGGAUGACAGCUCUAAGUUAGCUGCCGAUUGUAAUCAGUGGAAGAAUAAAAAGUGGGGAACAUCUUCGGAAAAAAACAGAUAUCGAGUCGUUGCUUAUGUCGGACUGAAAUAUUACUGGGUUUUGUCUGAGAGUUCAAGAUGGGAAUGUGACGACAAUAGUGCAAAAUAUUUUGGACUGUCCACAGCCCAUAUUCCUAUAAAGGUAGCAUUUCUCGUCACCGAAUUUUUAGAAGACGAUUUUGAAUGGAUGACGAAACAGUUCCCCUUGGAUCAAUUCGUGAGUUGCCCGUGGAAUCGUGCAAGGAGAUCAAGGCGAGUGAAGGAGGAAAGGCGGUCAGCGGUUAUAAUUAUUGGAUGGAUUCAACCAGAUCUGGAGGUUGGCUUCUGGUCUCUAGCGUUGUCGUCAGUAACCUAUCCUCGCUCUAUACCGCUAAGGGUAGCCCCUUCAGAUGCUAAAACCUGUCUGUUAUCAAUGGGAGCCCUGAGCACAACAAUGUACUAA